CACACACACACACACACACACACACACACACACACACACACUCACCCUCACACACACACUCACACACACACACACACAACACACACACACACUCACACACACUCAGUAGUGUGUGUGAGUGUCCUUCGCUCUGAUUGGUGGAGGGCUGCACCUGCAGGCCGAGCUGCUCGCUGAUUGGCUGGCUGGUGUGUGAGGGGGCGUGUCCCCUCCCGCCGCCGCGCGCUGCUUCUCCUGUCUGGUAGAGAGCCUCAGCACGUGAGUACCGGACCAUCUUUCUUCUGAUGUUUCCGUUCGAUUGAUCUGUUCACAUGCCGACAGGAAGUGACGAAGAGAAGUGAUCGAUUAUCUGCAGUCAGUGACGCUGCAGCGGCUCCCAUUCAGAGACGCCACAACAACAUCCAGAGAACUGUAGGCCUCACUUGCCUCAGGACGUUCACGCAAUGUCCCACACUGUGAGUCUACCAAAGCCUUCUUCUUCUGUGGUGGACUCACCACAGCGGAGGAUCCUUCUUCUUCUUCUCCUGAUCCUUCCAUGGCCCAAACUGGUGAUGACAUCAUCAGCAUUUACCGUGGCCCUCCGGCGCCGCGGCGACAGAGUCUCCGCCAACAACAUCUGUCAAUGCUCGGAGAAGCCAGACGGACGACUGACGGUCCGCUGCAGUGGACUGAGACUGGCACAGGUACCUGUCGGCCUCUCUAACCUCACCAUGCGUCUGUUUCUGGAUAAAAACCUGCUCAGCUCUCUGCCGGCCGACUCUUUCUCUGAUCUGUUGCUGCUCGAUGAGCUCGACCUGUCGCACAACCAGCUCUCCUCACUGGAAGCCGGUUGUUUCCGUGGUUUGGCGUCCUCGCUUCGUUUCCUGGACCUGUCGUCCAAUCGGCUGUCAACGUUGGACCCUGCGGCGCUCGGCGGGCUGCGAGCUCACACCAACCUCACACACAACCCCUGGCACUGUGACUGUAGGAUGCAGCUGUCGACGCCUCAGUUGGAUCUGGACCCGUCGUCUCUUUCUGAAGUCGUCUGUCAAACCUCGGACCUCCCAAACCUCGGAGCUGCUGGGAGGCCUCUGGUCCUGCUGGUGGAGGACUGGGAUCUGUGUCUGUCUGUGAGGAGAGCCACUGAUGUGGUGAUGCUGGUCACCAUGUUCCUCUGGUUCUCCGCGGUCAUCUCCUACCUGGUCUACUACAUCCGACAGAACCAGGAGGACGCCCGCCGACAUAUGGAGUACCUCAAGGCUCUGCAGGGCCGGCAGGUGUAGAGGACGGAGUGCCACCUGGAGGUCAACGGAGCAAAUCACAUGUUCUUCUAAAGGACAAAAACACAGGAAUAAGUCCUGGAAGAACUGGCGUUAGUAACCUGAAAGCGAGGAUGCAUGUCUCCUCAAGGACCCCUAGAACGUCCCUGGAACCUCCUCAAGGCCCAUAGCGACGCUUGGAACCUCCUCAGAACAAAUACAAGAACAAUUAAUCAUUUUUGAAGAACUGGUUUGAACAUAAAUAUAUCUGGUUAGUCAGCUUCCCAUUUAUUAAUCAUAACACUCCAAACCACCAAAAGAAUUUUCUGGUGCUGGAAUACAGUCGAUCUUCGGACAUGAUGAGACGGGGUCGUCCCUCAUUCGUCCAGGAGUGUUCUAUCGUAGAAAAGGUUUCAGUCGUAGUCAUCUGGACGCUGUUUUCAGAAUCAAGACGUUUCGGCUCCCAUCCGGAAGUCAUUCUCAAUUGAGAAAAUGG